CCGGGGUUCACUGUGGCCAGAGCCGCGCUAGGGAACACACCUGCAUACACCUGAGGAGGCCAGAGAACACACCUACACACCAUACUCUUACCUGUGCUACACCUGAACACCACACCUGAAAACUAUACCUACACACUUACACACCUGAACACAAACACAAGCCUACACACACCUUACCUGUACCACCUUUACCUGUGUCACACCUGAAGGCCGCAUCUGAAGGCGCCCAUACCUGCUGCUCCCGCCCUUCAGCCAUGUGGGGACCUGUGAGAGUGGCGGUGAUGGUGGUGGUCCUGCUAGCCACUACCUGUCACGGGAACACAGCAGUGGGGGAGAGAGAUGAGAGACCCACACUGGGACACCUUGACGAGAGGGCUACAGUGGCACACCCUGACGCCCCCUUUCAACGUCCUUACACUCUUCAAGACGCCCUCAAACCUAGCCAGUCUCAUCUCCAAGGCAAUGAGGAAGGAAGAGGGAGAAGAGAAGGAAGAAGAGGAGGAGGAAAUGCAGAGAUUCACUAACACAACAUCAGAGAUCUCAGGAAAUGCUACUGUUGAUAAAGCUGAUGUAGUUUCCUCCACUUUUCCUCAUUCUCCCUCCUCUUUAGCCUCCCUCAUCGCCUCCAUCACCUCCUCCUUAGCCUCAGCCUCCGCCUCCUCCUCCUCCUCCUCGACCCCCGGCAGUGAUGUCCAGUUCUCCCCAGCCUCCUCCACACAGUUCGGAGACCCAGGGACGGGCAGCAAGCUAGUGGACCUGUUCUCUGAGAUGACUCAAUACUCCGUCAGUGCCACAGAGGUCGCCCCCUCGCUGGCGCAGGGGCCGUGGCACUCCUGGCUCUGGGAGCACUCUUCGCUGUCCCUGUGGCACCUGUCAUUCUCAGACGUACGGGGGUUGCAGGAUGGUCGGGACUCCCCAGCCUAAGUGAGAUGUGGGGGUGGUUCCGCGCUGAGGACCCCGUGGCUGAGGCGUGGGUGGAUAGCUACAACCAAGGCCUAGAGGUGGGCGGCGGGCAGUACGGCAGCUAUCAACAGAAAGAGCACUACAACAACUACGACCACAGCAUUAGCGGAUCACAACCUGAACAAUACUUUGAGGGCGCCCAUGCCAACCCACGCCCUUCCCACCACUACCCCCGCCCCGCCGAGCCCCUGCCCCCACACCGCUACCAGGAAGGCUCCUCCCGGUACCCCCACAACGCCGCCCCCCACAAACGCCGCCAAGGGAAUAGAAGAGUGUCGGAAAAUGGUUAUGAAUAUGUGAACCUCGAUGAGAUUAACAGGAUUGGCGACGCGUCAGUCCGCCUAUUCGCGCAAAUCGUGCAGGGAAUGGACGAGAACCACCAGCAUCCUGAAGACUUUUACCGCUAUCCUGACGAAGACAACACCAUCGCGCGUCGCCGCCUGUCUGCACCACGCCCUCACCCUAACCCAUACCCCGCACAGACCCACCCGUACCAGUACCCUGAGGAGCCAAGUUACCAGGCGUACCCACAGGAGCAGUACCAGGAAGAGAGUUACAAGUUCCCAUACCAAUCUGAGGGAAACAGCGAGGGAUACUCACCUGAGGAACACCACUGGUACACGGGGCAAGGGAAUGAUGCCUCUUUCAAGGAUACGAAGGAGGAUUCUUACAAGGACGUGCCUCACCCUUAUAGGAAAGAAGGAGAGGAGGUUUAUUUGACUGAUUUUGCACAGGUGGAAGCAGUAAACAGUCAGCCAGCCAGUCUCCCGGUCAGCCUCAGUCACCCAGUCAGUCAGCCCAGCAUGCAGUUAAGAUUUCUGACUUUCCUUACGAGUUUCAUAAAGGGGAUUAAGCUAUUUGGGAGUUUUUUAAGGGUGUUUUAGUGUGUGUGUGUGUGUGUGUGUGUGUGUGUGUGUGUGUGUGUGUGUGUAAAUAUGUGCUUUUCUCAUGUGAACGUGUGUUUAUUUGUAUUCUGAUGUGCGUUUUUUAUUUCUAUUUUUUUUGGGGGGGAGAAGACAUGUUCUCUCUCUCUCUAUCUCUCUCUCUCUCUCUCUCUCUCUCUCUCUCUCUCUCUCUCUCUCUCUCUCUCUCUCAUGAAUUUCAAACGCGGCAUCUGGGUAUUAUUAUUAUUAUUAUUAUUAUUAUUAUUAUUAUUAUUAUUAUUAUUAUUAUUAUUAUUAGCUAGGGCACGUACAUUUUACUGGCAUUAAAAUUAAGUUAAGGAAAAGCAACUUCAUAACCUUGUUUUUUUUUUUUUUUGUCAAUAGUUUCAAAACAAGUAAGAAAAUAAUUUGCUUUCACUUUCACUUCAUAAACUUGGAAAGGAAAGAGUAAAAAUGGAAAGAAUAUUUUUU